AUGCAAGCGUUUGGACGAAAAACGCGCGUGAAUCUGGACAUUUUUGUGGAGAUCCUCAGUCAUCUCCGUCCAGACAGGAAGACUGUCAGAAGUUUGGCUCUCGUCUCCGGACGGUUCUGCGACCUCGCCCUGGACAUCUUGUGGCGGCAAUUGGACGAUGUACUCCCGCUAUUCAGGCUCGUGGAGGGCGAACGCUGGGCCAUUCACGACGUCUGUUGUAGAACGGACCCGUGCUUCUGUGCUGCCAUGCGAGAGAUCCCGGAGGCCGACUGGACGCGUUUUCUCGCGUAUGCGCGUCGCGUUCACGUUGUCGGCAUCGCCUUGCCAGAGUAUGAAGGCAGGAUGGACAAUCGCACCCUCCUCGCUCUUGUCCUGCGCGCGGGCGGGUGGCAUGUUUUCCCUUCCUUGGUCUCGCUGGAGAUGACGUUGUGGUGCGCGGCCGACUACGUCCUUUUUCUCUUUCUUUCUGGAUGCCUGUACACCUCUCCGGCUACGAAUGGGCUCGUACGGGGGAUCUUGCUUGGACACUCCCGCCUAUACGCAUUUCCUUUGAGUACACUACUGGACAGGAACGCGCUGCAAGUGGCGCCGAUGCUCAAAUUGACUCUUGCGGGCAAGUCACAUAUGGUUCUGGAUGCCGUACGUGGCUUCGGCGGGCUCAUACAGGUUGAUAUCAUAAACGGGAUGCCUACGGCUCUGUGGCUGCGAACCCUAGCUAAAGUGAAGAGGCUAUGCGAUCUCCGUUUCUCGUUCCGUGGGUAUCCGCCACUCAAUCGACCAUUUGUAUUUCGCUACCUGGAGCGUCUGGACAUUGCAGGUGACCCAAGGGCCCUUUUCGACUUGUUUCGGAACCUCUCGGUGCCACGGCUGAACUCGUUGACGAUCCGGCUUUUAUAUUGCAAGGACUUGGGUUUCUUGAAUAGCUUCUCGGAGGCCCUCGAGAUGCUUCCUGCUUCCCUCCGCUCGACCCUUGGCACACUCAAGAUCGACGCCCAUUCUGCCGAUGACGGGGCCAACACUCCUUCCGCCUAUUUUGCGGAUCUGUUCGGGGCAAUCCUGCGGCUCUCUGCCCUCGCGAACCUCUCCGUGAACAUGUGCUUCUAUGUAGUGCUGUCCGACCUAGACGUCUGCGCCAUGGCCACCGCGUUCCCGCGCCUGGAACUGCUCGAGCUCGAAUGGCCUCUGCGAUCCAACAAUGGGAUGCCCAGUGUAUUCUCCCUCGGGCAUUUCGCACGCAAGUGUCCGCGUCUGCGCGGGCUCGUCAUCCCGCGUUUGGCCUGCCGGUGCUCGUCCUCCCGUGCCAGCGGCGACGUGCGCGCGCAACUGCAAGAUGUCCCCGCGCAUGGCUUGGAGUAUCUGUCGUUCGAGUAUGGCAUGCCCCGGGACCCAACACCUGUAGGUGUCCUGAACGCGCUGCGGGCGGCGGAUUUCAUCUAUCGGACGUUCCCCGAUGCGGAGAUCGACUUUGACUGCGAUAAUCCGACGUGUGAGCGCGUCGUCGCCCCUGUGGCACACUACUUUCAUCGCAUGGUGAGGCUUCUUGCGCGUGCCAGGCAGAGGAUACACGACGGCCUGGAGAACGCUCCGCCGGUUACGGCGUCUGACCGUCUGCCGCUGCCUGUGGUCGCUCGUCGGUCAGUUCCAGUCGAGUACUAUCGGCAAUCUUUGAAUUUUCCCACAAUGUCCGCAGAUGCGAUAUUGCCCGCUGUCUCCGGUGUAAGUUCGUCCGCGUCGAGCUUCACCGACAUCUCCAUCGUGUCUGAACUUUCCUCGCAUUGGUCGCAUUGGUCAACAAUCGCUCGUGAAGGCUACUGUACUAUGCUCUCCACGAAAGUCGACCGCGAUUUGGAAGAAGUGGACGGCCGCAUCGUCGCCCCGACGCGCAUACAACCUCGCGCACUCGACGCAGACGACAUCGUGCAAGCGAUCUUCAGUCAUCUCAGCCCGUUCUACAAUGGGAGGACUCUGGCCAACCUGGCUCUGGUAUGCAAAGACUUCUGCGAUCUUGCGCUCGACGUCCUGUGGAGGGAGUUGGGGAGCAUCGUGCCUCUGUUGAAGCUCCUCGAGAAAUCGCUGUUGUUGGACAACCCGUGUGAUCAGCUUGUGUGUCAAUGUUUCGCUGCGGAAACUAUCGUGAAUGACGGGAGCUGGGUGCGGUUCCUUGCCUACGCCCGCCGCGUGCAUUCGCUAUGUCUCAUGGACAUUUCCAUGAAAAUCAGACCCAUGUCUUUCAUAAUGCUCGCUCGUUGUGCGGCAGACCAGCGCAUAUUCCCGUUCCUGAGUGAACUUUUCAUAUCUUCCAUCACCAGCGCUGCCCCGAUGCUCCUCUUUUUCGCCGCCGGGGCUCUCCGCCCUUCCGACGGCAUGAUAGAGCGCACGACAGCCACGCGAGAAUGGCCCGCUAUCGCUUCUCCCUCAGCUACACAGCUUCUCACUGCAGACGUCGAUCCUCUGGCGCAGCAAGCGUCCCCUUUGCGCGCACUGACUGUCGCUGGUCCGCUGCAUUCCCCGCUUCUGGAGAGUAUCGCCUCGUUCAACAGGCUUGAGGAGCUGUGUGUUGAAUCCACCCACGUCUCGCCUUCGGAUCUGGGGGUUCUGGCUGGUAUGGAGGUGCUCAAGGGUCUGCGCAUCACACUCCGAGAUGCACAAGGCGAUGUAGUCCCUUAUACCUUCGGCGCUCUGCAAUAUCUUGAUGUUGGUGGACACCCGUCGGAUCUGGCCUGGUUCUUCGGAGCUCUCUCCGCACCUCGGCUGCACAUGGUUAAAGUUGAUGUGCAAGGCCUUGCGUUUGCUUCGGACGUAUGGCCGCCCUGUCGUGCGUUCAUCGAAGCGCUGAGCAGUCAGCUCAGAUCCUCCCUCCGUGUCGUCAACAUCAAACACUACUACAUCCUGAAUAAGCCCCGGGCGCGCGUGAUGGAUGCGCUGUUACCGCUCCUCCAAGUCUCCGGUCUCGAAUCUCUCGAGAUGGACGUCCGUCUUCCGCUGUCGCUUACCGGCGACGAUAUUCAGGAAAUGGCUUCUGCGUGGACUAGUCUGAAGUCACUGACUCUGACAUAUCGUGAUGAACUCGACAUGGAUGCACCGUCCGUUUUCUCACUCGCAGCCUUUGCCGUGCACUGUCCGCACUUGCACACCCUGGCUAUCCCCCGUGUAGUUGCCGAGCCUACCAUUCUGCGGUCGGAUAUUCUUGCAGGUCCCUCAAGCCGGACCGUGACGAGCCUUUCGUUCAAGUACGACCCGAAGGGUGGAAUUAUGGUCGAGGCAAGGAAUGUCUAUCUGAUGGCGCUGUUCGUGGGCCAUACGUUCCCGAAUCGAAUUCUGAUCCCCCUUCCAGUGGGCUUCCCGCCUGUUGGACCACUGCAGGAUGUGUGGGAGCGUGAUAUACCGCCAGUAUUCGAGACGGUGCUCCCGCGUCUUGCCCCGCCUCCGACUGCGCAGCCUGUCGAGCGGAAUCAGGUCGCCCUUCCGCUGUAUCCGUACAAUUUUGUCGUGAUCCCUCCUACUGGCGUAUUUCUUUGGUUCGAGUUGCACGAGAAGACGACCAUGUCCUCAGCUCCUCAAGUCAUGCACGAAUGCGAUCUUGAUGUCCGACAGGAUCCUUCAAUGCAUGGACAGCAGGACCAUCCAGAGGAUUCUGUGGCUGGCUCAUCCCACGGACCUGCUGAACUUUCGCGGCCGCCGUCUGAACCUCAUCGAGCUCUCCAGACAGAAGAUAUCCUCCACGAGAUCUUUGGCCACCUUGCCAUUGCAGAAGACAAACGAACCCUCACAAAGCUAAUCCUGGUCUCAAGAUUUUUCUGUGAACCGGCUCUUGACGCCCUGUGGCGGAAGCUCUACGAUAUCAUGCCUUUGUUGAAGGUACUGGCUUCGUCGUUUGUAUUGCGUAUUUUCGAGGAUGGAGCUCACAGGUCUGUCGGAUGGAUCCUUAAAUGCUCUCCGCUCGAGGAAGAGUGGCAACGUUUCGUGGCGUACGCGCGGCGUAUUCGCUACUUGUCGGUGCCUACGAACAGUGAUAUCCACCGAACAGUCUUCGUCGAUCUCAUUAUGCAUGCUGGUGGCAAGCCCAUCUUUACAUCUCUGGUGUCUCUGAAACUCCCGCACAUCAGACAUUCGUCUGCGAUGAUGCUGUUGUUUUCCUCUCCCAUGCUUCGGUGCCUAAAAAUUUAUUCUCAUUAUUCUCUGACCGAAGAUGCACUCCUCCGGCCGCUGAGUUUUUUUGACAGGCAUGGGGACGCGCUCGCGCUCAAGGCACCUUUCCUCCGCGAGAUUCAUAUCAUGGCCCUAAGUCUAAAGGUUCCACAAUCACUGGCUCUCUUUACCAGGCUUCAGACGGUGUGCUUUACUGGGGAUAUGGCUUCGGUGCUGUCUCUCCGCGAACUUGCAAAUCUACCUGAACUCCAGAGUUUGCGUGUUGUCAUUGGCCAUAGGAUUCUCGGUGCGAUCCAUGGCGAGGAUACGGAUAUUCCUGUAUCUACUUCUGUUCCUGGAUUUUUAGCUCUUCGUUCACUGGAGGUGAUGGGUCACCCGUCGGAAAUCGUCCAGAUUCUCGGUCUGAUAUCUUCGCCACAUCUCAGUAGCUUCCGCUGCUUCUUUCGACCCUUGUUGCGGUCGGAUGGCUGGGUGAAUAAUCGCCAGUGCUUCGCGAUCCUGGGCUCACGUUUUGCUGCCUCACUGUGCACUAUCAGCAUAACCACAAGCAUGUCCGACGGUGCUCCGCAUGGCUUCAUGGACGUUCUCCGGCCUUUAUUGAAAGCUCAACAUCUCGAAGAAGUGUCUAUCAGCACUGAGUCCAUACUCAACGUGACGAAUGACGAUGUACACGACAUGGCAUCCAGUUGGCCGCGCCUCCAGGUUUUCUCGCUCAUCCACCUCCCCGCUCCCCAGGAGCCGUGCGUAUACUCCCUCCGACAUUUUGCCCGCCACUGCCCGCAGCUAUUUAAUUUGCGCCUCCGUUGCACCGUCUCCACGACCGAUGCGCCCCCGCCCGACCCUGCGGCGUCAAACCCGGCCGUGUACGUCCUGACUCUUGGGUACGCCGUCGCUGGCCGUCCGGUAGAGGAAAUUGUGGAGCCCAUUACGGACCCCGUCGCCGUCGCACGAUUUAUCGUAGCAACGUUCCCAAAUGCAACAGUAUUCGGCACUAGCGCGAGCGAUUUCGAUCGCAGUCGCGGAUGGGGUCGUGUCGCGCAGGUGGUCAGUGACCUUCAUAAGGAGAAUUGGAAGCAUAUCGAAAGUGGUCCUGCGAGUACUAUGCAUCGUUCGCCCGUGCUCCUUGAUCGCCCCGUCACCGCCUCGUCGCUGGAGUACUUCAUGCCGGUCAUGAUGCUGGGAUGA